AUGCCGGACCUGUCCACGUUCGACGGCCGCUGGUCCACGUUCUGUAGCUUAGAUGAAGAUGAAAAAGAUGAUGAAGAUGAUGAAGAUGAAGAAGAUGACGAAUAUGGAGAUGAAGAAGAGGAUGAAGAAGAAGAUGAAUAUGAAGAAGAAUAUGAAGAAGAGGAAGAAGAAGAUGAAGAUGAAGAAGAUAUGUCAAAAUAA